UUAUUAGGCAUAUAUCACUACAUAUUCGUAUUAUUAUCGGCGUAUAAUACUGCCAUUCAUGAUUUGUACGAAUACUCAAAGGGUCAGUUUACGCUUCGAUAAUAAUAGCAUAUUGUUAGAUAUUUAUUUCUUGCUUGUGUCUACCAACAAAAAUAUCAUCUUUGACUGUUUACUGAACGAUGAAUACUGUAAGGGAACGUCUAGGUGACCGAGAGCAAGUGUUGUUUACUGUGGCGUGGACCAUUGAGAAUUUCAGUUCGUACGAGGAACGAGUGGGAUUGAUGUACAGCGAUGGAAUCACCUUGGCGGAAAUGGGCUUUGACGAGAGUUAUCAAGGUCGCUGGCGUAUGGUGAUUAAUCCACGUCACAAAAUAUAUGAGUACCAAUCUGCCGGUGUCACGCGCGUAGUGACAGGUUGGGCGGUUUUUCUUUGUUUGACCGAUCCAGAUAUAUGGUCCCGAAGCUAUACUGGCCCGCACGUCUUGGACGCGAAUUUCAAGUUAGAGAUAACUACUGGAAUUUCAAAGCAGACCGUUCUGGAUUAUUCCCGAUACUGGGGAGCUGGAUGCACCGAUUGCGUCACGUCGGCCACUUGCUCCACUAACAACGACUAUAAGUGGAUUCUGGCGCUCUCAAACAGCCAAAACGCUUCAGCCAGAAAACUACGACCGGCGUAGACGAAUUGAGGACGAUUGCGUUACUUUCAGCAUUGCAGCAACAAUGUACCGCGAACCACGACACGUCCGAUUGCUGGAACCAGUUAUUCCCAGAAUACAAGAAGGGCAUCACCCUGCUGCAAAGUUCCUACAGCGCUUGAUAGACGGUUACCACUCCCAGCAACAUAAGCAAACCGCUGACUUUAUCAUACGGUCACGGGACGGCACUGAAUUUCACGCUCAUCGCUAUCUGCUGAUGGCCCAGUCACCGGUCUUUGCCGCCAUGUUGACGCACAAUUCUCGGGAGAAGCAGCGGUCCCGCUGUGAGCUGAAGGAUGUAGAUGGCGAAACUGUGCAGUUGCUGUUGGAUUACGUCUACGGUUGCGACACCGGCAAGAUCACGAAGAACAACGCUGAGAAGGUGCUGAUUAUGGCUGAUAAGUACGAAAUGAUGGAUCUCCGUGGGCAUUGCGAGCAGACGUUGGCUGACGGUAUUUCCGUGGAGAAAGCGUUUCCCUAUCUGGUUUUGUCGGUGCAGCGCGGACUGGAUGUUUUGAAAGCGGCGGCACUGCGGAUGAUGCCGAAAUAUCUGGAUGCGGUGCUGAAGGGGAAAGGACUAGAAGAGGUCAUGCAAUCCGAUCCCGAACUGAUCCAGAUCUUCAUGGACUACUGCGCGAAAAAGCUUCCUCAAACGUAGUUAGGAUUAGACCGUUAUGCCCUGCGGUGCCCUUUUAUGUCAGUACAUUUGAUCAUUAUACACGCCGGAAAUAUUGUCUUAGUUAACGAAAUUCUAUUUACGGACGUUGUCAUCCUGUUUCCAUAACAAUCAUAAUGUUGAUUUUCAGUUUCACUUUAUUCCGUUGAAGUGUUUCUUAAGUUGAUUCCUUUUACCCAAAGGUU